AUGGUCAACUACACGAGCGAAAACCUCUAUGUUCGACUAGGGCUUUCCAAGAACGCAACGUCGGCGGAGAUCAAAAAAGUCUACCGAAAACUGGCGCUGGAGUCCCAUCCCGACAAGGUGGCGGAAGACGAACGAAGCCAGGCCGAAAUCAAGUUCAAGGCCUACUCGGAGGCCUACGAGAUUUUGAUUGAUGAAGAUCGGCGUGCGGCGUACGAUUACGAGCAGGAAAACCCCGGAUAUGGGGCCUAUGGCGGCGGUGGCGGUGGCUAUAACGAGUUUGAUGCUCAGGAUUUCGCAUCUUUUUUCAACAAUAUGGGCUCGGAUCCCCGUCCAAAUGCCGCCAAACCCAUGCGCGCGACCCGCACCGACGAUCUGCAUGUCGAUUUCUCGUUGUCUCUGGAGGAACUGUACAAGGGCAAGGUGUUGAAGAUGGGAUCUUCGCGGAAGAUUCUGUGUUCGGUUUGUACGGGCUCUGGGGCUCGAAAGGGCGCCCGUGCGCGUGUUUGUGGUGUCUGUUCGGGCGAGGGAUACGUCAAGAAGAUCCAGCGGGCGGGCCGCGGCUAUGCAACGCAAUCUUGGACCGAAUGUGACACCUGCAAAACGACCGGCAAAACGUAUAGAAAGGCCGACAAGUGUGGACCGUGUGGCGGCUCGGGAUGCGAAGAGGAAAGCAAGAUUCUCGAGUUCUACGUGCCUCCCGGAACCAAGGAUGGUGAAACUCUGGUUCAAUAUGGCGAAACUGACGAGUUGCCCGGAAUGAAGCCCGGUGACAUUGUGGCCCAUAUCAAGCAGGAAAAGCACUCUGUCUUCUCCCGACAGGGACAGGAUCUGCAUGCCGAGAUAUCAAUUUCGCUCGGCGAGGCGCUCUGCGGCUUUUCCAAAAUCAUGUUCACCCAAUUGGACGGACGGGGGCUGCGAAUCUCCUCUCCGCCCGGAAACGUCAUCAAACCGGGAGAUAUUCUCAAGGUGGCCAAUGAAGGCAUGCCCAGCAAGUCGGGCAAGAUCGGAAGUCUCUAUGUCAAGGUCAAUAUUGUGUUUCCCGACUCGGGAUGGACCCGAGAGCGAAGCGAACUGCGAAAAGUGCUGGAUAUCUUUCCAGGAGAAAAGCAGAAAGAGCAGGAAGAUCCUCGACAGAUUGUGGAUGACGUUAGUUUCAAACAGGUCCAGGAAUUACCGGAAUAUAAGGAGGAGGAGGAGAGUACCAUGCCGGGGGUUCCUGAUUGUCAGACGCAGUAG